CUGCUUUGUUUGCCCAGCCGCAACUCCCGAGGCGAGAGCCGGGAGGCCGAGCUCGGAAUUCUGCAGGGCAUCCGGCCCCAAGGGUCUUUGGGGGGGGGGGGGGAGUGGAGGUGCUCUGAGCACGGCUGGAUUGCUCCAAAACCUGCAGAGAUUGCCACCCUGGGUAAGGCCCAGCAGCGCACAUAUCUGGGACAGCAGAAGUAGUUAAAGAAGUCACAGUGCCACAGGCUGUCCUGGGAACCCCAGCCCAUGGGUCAGAGGACAACUGCAACUCGCCCGUGACCGAGGAGGAAGGGAGCAUUCCCAUCCCAGCACCAGGGCUCCUGCAGGUUACGGAGAGGAGACAGCCCCUGAGCAGUGUCUCCUCCCUGGAGGUGCACUUUGACCUCCUGGACCUCACUGAGCUGACAGACAUGUCCGACCAGGAGCUGGCAGAGGUCUUUGCUGACUCAGAUGACGACACUAGUGAGUCACCAGCAGGCCUGCACCCGCUGCCCCGGGCGGGCUGUCUGCGCUCCCCAUCCUGGACACGUACCAGGGCCGAGCAGAACCGGGAGAAACAGGCCCUCGGCGAUCCGGAACGGCAGCCAGUGAUUGUAGACACUUUUCUCACUGUGGAGAGACCCAAGGAGGAGGACUAGGCCAGAGGUCCCUGGACAUCAGUGAGCAAAUCCAGACUAUUGUGGCUCCAUGGAUACUCUGCCCACCCCAGCGGCUCUGCAUCAGGGUCUUGGGGACCCCAACAUAAGCACAGCCCAGCAGCCUUAUGUCCAGCUGCUUCCUGGGCCCUGGAUCAGGGACAAUAUCCAGGGAUGGUGGGAGUGGUCUGAGCCUUCUGUCUGAUGGACUGGUGCUGUCAUCAAGUUCCUGAAUAAGCACAGGAUGAUGGGCCUGAGCCACCCUACAAACCAGUGGCCAUGCUGAGCUUUAGCCCAUAGUAUGCUCUGCUGUCCAGCCAAGAACAUGGGUGGGGUCAGUCUUGAAAAUUGCCACCUUGAUUUCAAUUCUGUCCCCUUCCUGCUACUAAGGGGAAGGGUCAGCAGGAGGCCUUAAGAGCCUGCUUAUCCUGGUCCUUUUAAAAGCUAGAUGGCCCUCCUGGCUCGCAACUUCUAGUGUGACUCAGCCUACUGGGCAAAGGAGAUUGUCCCACCUCACCUGUGACACAGCCACUUAGCCUGUGUCCCCAGUGGUUUCCUGGCCUGGGAUGGAGCAGUCUGAGGGGGCUGGGAGGCCUGAGAGGACCUUGACAGUCCUCAGUUCAGGGCCACCAAACUCUGCUACCCCCAAUGCUGCUUUUGAUGUGCUAUGGAACAAAACAGGCUUCUGCUCUGACAGCAAGUAGGACAAUUUUUGAAAUAAAAGGAUAAGCUUGCUUUCUGUUCCCAAACGCA